AUGUAUAUAAAUUACAAUAAAUUUUCUAUUUAUAAGAAUUUUAAAACAGUUAUUCUGAAUUAUGAUGUUUUUAAAAGAAACAUUAGUGAUAUAUGUGAAAGUAAAAUAAUUACACUUACAAAAAGUAAAGAAUACGAUAAAUUAAAAAUAUAUAAAAACAAUAUAUAUAAUAACAUAUAUGAGAAUCAAAUACUUCAAGGAGUAAAAGUACAUAAAAUUAAUUCAGGCGGUUAUGGAGAAAUAGCUAUUUAUGCAGCUAGACAAAAUUUUUUAUUUUUUUUAAAAUUUUUUUUAUUAAUUCCUGAUGAAUUUGUAAAUUUAAAAGUAUUGGAUAUAAAUAAAAAAAAGAAAAGAAUAAAUUUUCAGUUAUUAUGUAAGACCAAAAAAAGUAAAUAUGAAAUAAUACCUGUAUGUAAAUAUUUUUCUACAUGUGGAGGAUGCAUAUACCAGCAUAUUAAUUAUAGCUAUGAAUUAAAAUUAAAGAAAAAUUUAUUGAUUAGUUUAUGUGAAAAAUACAACAUAAAUGUAUUAGUUAGCAAUAAAAAUUAUUUGCAGAAUUUUCAUGAGUUUUCUAAAUUCAUUGAAAACAAUGAGGAUGAUAUGAUAGAAAUAUUCCAAAUAAAAAGAGAAUAUUCAAGGAAUGAUUUUGAAGAUGAAGAAUUUUGCAUAAAUAAGAAUUCUGUUGAAAAGGAGAUUAAAAAAAAAAAUGCGAGCGAUCCAUUUUACAAUUCUGAUAGUAAUUUUGAUAAGGAAAUUUAUAAUUAUAAUUGUAGAAAUAAAGAUAUAGACCAUAAAAAUCAAACUAAUAAUAAUGAAAAGGAAAUGAAUUAUUCAAGACUAUAUGAUUUUAUAUUUUCACAUGAUUAUCAUUAUAGAAAUAAAUCUUCUAUUAGUUUUUCUGUUACAGAUCAUUUAUCAAUAGGUUAUUAUAAGCAUCAUAGUUAUGAAAUUUGUGAUAUAAACGAAUGCUAUAUUCAUGACAAAAAUAUACAAGAUGUAUAUGUAGAAAUUAAAAAAGAAAUAAUUGAAAAUUUUAAAAAAAAUAACAUCUAUAUUUUUAAUAAAAUAAACAAUAGUGGAUAUCUAAAAAGUGUAGACAUAAAAUUUAAUGUAUAUAAUGAAGAAAAACAAAUCUUAAUAAAUUUUAUUGGGUUUUCAUUGAGUGAUAAUGCAAAAAAGUGUUUAAUAAAUAUUGCAAAUAACCUAGCUUUGAAAAAUAAAUCGAUUAAAGGAAUCUUAUAUAAUAUAGAAACCAAUAAAUUAAAACAAAUAAAAAAUGAAACUGUCUUAUAUGGUCAAAAUUAUAUUUAUCAUAAAUAUGAUAAGUACACCUAUAAAUUAGGAGCUAAUACCUUUUUUCAGCCUAAUCAGUAUUUAAAUGAAUGUAUUAUUCAAGUAAUUUUUAAAUUAAUUAAAAAAUAUAGUAUUAAUUCAAAGGGUUCAUGCUUAUUUGAUCUCUUUUGUGGAAUUGGCUUUUAUUCUUUGCCAUUAUCUGACUAUUUUACUGAAAUUAUUAGUGUAGAUUAUUCAAUUGAUAAUAUAAAAAGUUUAGAAGAAAAUAUUAAAAUAAAUAAAAUAAAAAAUAUUAAAUGUUUUAAUUUGAAUUUAUUUAAUCCAUAUGAUUUAAAGCAAAUUAAUUUACAUAUAAGAAGAUACGUUAUUAAUAAAAUAAAAAAUAAAGAUUAUUCCGUUUAUGAAAAUUUAAAGAUGAAAAUUAAUUCCAUUUUUAUAUCAUUGGAUAAUGAAAAUGUAGUUAUAGAAAACAUUCAGAAACUUCAUUCUCCUUAUAGUAAUUUACCAAAAUUUAUUUACGAAAAUUUAAAUGAAGAAAAUCCUCAAAGUUCAAAUAAAAAUGUUAUAAUUUUUAGUGAAAAUAAUUCCGAAAAUUUUGAUGGCAUUAACUUUGAAAAUUUAAAUGAAAAUGAAUCUAAUAUAUUAAAUUCAAAUAACAGAAACAAUAUUCAUGGUACUCAAUAUGAGUUUGUUAUACCAAUUCCAGAUUUGGUAAUAAUUAACCCACCAAGAAAAGGAUGUGAAAAGCUAUUCAGAAGAUGGCUAAGAGGAAUAUGUUGUAGAUUUAUUAUUUACAUAUCAUGUAACGCAAACAGCCAAUUUAAAGAUAUUAGUCAUUUAAUUAGUCUAGGUUAUGUUGUAAAAGAAAUUAUUCCAUUAGACACUUUUCCAAGAACGCAACAUUUUGAAUCAAUUAUUCUUUUAGAAUUUGACUUUAAUAAGAAAAUAGAUAAAGAAAAAAAAGCUAUAAUAGAACAUGAAUUAAAUGAAAUAAAGGAAAAUAACAAAAAAAAAUAUAAAAAAAAUUAA